CGAUCAAUCACACAUCGUCUGCACAAGUAAGUCCAUUGCGCCCAUACCCUUGCACCACACCGAAAAAAGGCAGCAGCACCACCACCACCGCACACCCACAGGGCACACUGCCCUCCCUCCCUCCCCCCUCUCUCUGUCAACGCAUCAUUCGUCCACUCACUUCACCUGCCCAGCUUGACGAAGGUGGCGAUGUUUUUGAUCUUGUCCCUCACGUGGGGCGUGGGCUCCACGGAGCCCCGCUCGUGCAUCUCGAGGUGCUUGAGGACCUGCUUGGCCCGGUACCACCCCAGCCCCGUGUUGCGCAUCAGGCUCAUGUACAGGGACUUCCGGCCUGAGAUCACGAAGUUGCGCUGCUCCUCCUGCUUGAUGGCGUGCCACUUGGCGCGACGCUCCGCCUUGCGAGCGUCGCGGUAGGCCCGGCUCUGCAAGGCACACACACGUGGGGCAGACAGAAAGACGUCCACUGCAGUGCACUGAAUGAAUGCACUGCGCCUGCACAGGCUGGCGUGGCGUGGUGCUGCUGCGUACCCACCCGUUUGAUUCCAUAUGGGAUCUUCUCCUUGAAGACGAUGCCAUUCAGGAUGCGGCUCAGGAACAUCCUCCUGACGUCCUCGAGGAGGCAUCGAAGAAGGCGGCAAAGGCAACGCGGG